CUCUAUAUAAUAGCGAAAAUUCCUCCUCACAAACACAUCCACCAUUCAAAGCUCUUUCUCUCUGCAAAUCUCCCAUCAUUUCCAUAGCCUUCUUCUUCUUGUCAUUUCCCUUAACUCCUUUUUGUUAGAUCUUUUGUAUUUUACCACUUCAUAAAGUAGCACUAAACAACAUAUAUACACAUACAAUAGAGAUGGAUGCUGAAAAGAAGAGUGCUCAUUUUCGCCAAAUCUCAACUUAUAAACCACAACUACUUGUCCUCUCCUCAAUCCAAGAACAACCUUCUUCAAAAAUCUCAGACAAACCCAAUAUCAAAGCUGAUAAUGACGCCGAGAUUGGAGUUUUCGGAGCAGAAAAAUACUUCAGCAUGAAGCUAGAUCCUGUUGAUUCCUCGGCGGAUAUCACCAAGCAACACGAAAAGGAAAACACACAGGAUCAUCCUCAUCCCCAAUUGACGAAAACGACGUCGUCUAGAUCAAGAACAAGCCGACACGGAACGCCAAGUGUAAGAUCCGAGUCAAGUUACAACAGCCAAACCUUUCUCAUGAGGAUUAACAACAAUGAGAACAAGCAACGGAAAACGAACGAGACAAGCGUCUCUUUUGGUCGGUUUAGAUGUUACGGUCCCUGCUCUGGGGUCAAAACCGUCCAUACCGACCCAAAAAUCUCCUGUAAAAGUAGAAAUUCCGAUCGGGAUUUCGUUGCUUACGACGCAAGAAAGCACAACGACAAGCCAAGACUCCAUUUUGAAGCCAAGAAAGCGGAUUAUAAUGAGCCAGAGAAGAUCCCAUUACCUAUUCAAAGGUCCGAUAUCGCCAUGAACCUCGAGAGAAAGCUCUCUCUGCUUACAUGGGACGCAAUACCAAACCAACUCUCUACCAAGAACAACAAUCACAACAAUGGUAAUAACUCUUCAAUGAGCAGCAACACGCAAGAGGAAGAGACAGCAAGUGUAGCGAGUUCUGAUUUGUUCGAGAUUGAGAACAUAACGAGCAGUGUCUAUGAGCCAAGUGAGGCCAGCAUUGGAUGGAGUGUGGUAACGGGAAGUAUGGCAGAUCAAUCGGUAAUUUCGGAUUUCCAUAUGAUGAAGAGGGUCACGAGAAGUGGUCCGGCGGUUAGAACCAAACCGGUGAUUGGUGAGAAAGUCCGGUCGGCUGGGUUUUUGUCGGGUUGUAAGAGUCACAAAGCUGUCUCGGUUGUUGAUAGUUCUAGAAAAGUGAAAGAAACAGCCAAGGUUGAUCAUCACGAGAUGUCUCAUCAGAAGAAGUUCAAAACUGAGAUUAGGAUUCAAGACUUGAGCUUUCUUUAAUAAACAAUGUUUGUGUGUGUGUGUUCUCAAUUAGUUUUCAAAUGUUUUUGUAAUAUUUGUUCGUGUAUGCUAAUGAUUUUGAUAA